UGAAAACCGAGCUCUGUGCCACAUCUUCCACUAAAUGAUAAAGCCGUUACAUCGGGAACCGGAGGCGGGACGGUCUCAGUGCGAACCUGGCUUUAAGAAAUUUUCGCUAUUCUGGUAAAACUUCAUAUCUUUGCUUUAUUUCCUCCCGAAAAGUGCCAGACGACCGUCGGCAUCUUAUUUUUCCCUUACAGAGUUUUGACAGUGGGAGGAGGUGUCAAGUUUAACGCUAGUUUACGGUUAAGUUUGGCUGUAGUUGACGCCGCGGAGUGGGAAAGUGGAGGUGCUCCUGAACAACCAUUACUCCCGAAACAGGAGCAGAGGAAGCCAAGCAGCCACCGACGUGAAGAGUAAAAACACAGGGAGAGUGGAGAAGUGAAAGGAGAAGGUAGAUACACCAGCCCAGCCAUCUGCCUGCCUGAGAGAGUGCUGUGCCAUGGGGAAACAGAACAGCAAGCUGCGGCCUGAGGUCCUGAACGACCUGAGAGAAAACACAGAGUUCACUGACCACGAGCUGCAGGAGUGGUAUCGCGGCUUCCUCAAGGACUGUCCCACCGGCCACCUGACCGUGGAGGAGUUCAAGAAGAUCUAUGCCAACUUCUUCCCCUACGGAGACGCCUCUAAGUUUGCCGAGCACGUCUUUCGCACGUUUGACACCAACGGCGAUGCCACCAUCGACUUCAGGGAGUUCAUCAUUGCCCUGAGCGUGACAUCUCGUGGCGGGCUUGAGCAAAAGCUGCGCUGGGCCUUUAGCAUGUACGACCUGGACGGGAACGGGUACAUCAGCCGGGCAGAGAUGCUGGAGAUAGUGCAGGCGAUUUACAAGAUGGUGUCGUCAGUGAUGAAGAUGCCUGAGGAUGAGUCAACGCCAGAGAAAAGGACAGAUAAAAUCUUCAGACAGAUGGACAUUGACAAUGAUGGUAGAUUGUCUUUGGAGGAGUUCAUUAAAGGUGCCAAGAGCGAUCCGUCCAUUGUCAGACUGCUGCAGUCGGAUCAGGGAGCCUCUCGUCAGUUCUGAGGACAGAGACAAUAACAGACGCACACUCUCUAAAACACAUGCACACACACAUCCGUCCAACUGUACGCUAUUCACCUGAUAGAGGCUCGGUCAUCAUCACACCCCACCCCCACCAGACAACCCUUUCAUUUUAACAACACUCCAUUGUCUUAAUGUUUACAUGAAUGGAUAAUUGUCUUUUUUCAAUGUGGCUCCUUCUCUGUGGACUAUGAUGUGCUUUUGAGUUGAGGUAUUUUGUGUAUGUGCUUUUCCCCAAAGCUCUAUUGCCUCUAAAUGGUUUUUACCCGUUCUCCAUAAGUGAAGUGCCAUAUCAUGUAUUUAUACUGACUGGAUUAUACGCUUGCAAGUAUUAUGACUCCCAUUAUGUUACACUUGAGGAAACUAAUUACAUCACUUGGUAUAAUUUGAUUGGACUUAAUUGUGUUGAAAAGUGGCUUACUGUUGUUCAGGGUAUCAACAGUAAAUUAACAAGUUGCUAUUCUGAACAAGCUCUAUAUGCCUUUGGUAUUGCAUGCGCUCAGUGAUAUGUGUUUUCUGAUAUUGUAACAGUUUACGUGAUUAAGGAGGUCGUGAUUGUUUUUAUUCCUUUUUAUUUUUGUAACAAAAAUGUCAUUUUGUUUUCACACAAUUGAAAUAAAGUCGUGUAAGAAAAAUCUACACAAGA